GGUUAUGUAAAAGUAAAUCAUUGCAUAUCCAAAUAAAAUGAAAAAUGAAAAAUAAAAAGAGUGUUACAUAACAAUCAUAGGACCCUAACGAAUAAUGCUUACACUAGAACAAAUAAUACAAAACUUCAAGCUGUUUAUUCUUUUCUCUGUGUGAUCAGCAUUUUGAGUCCCCAGUCAAAAAGGCUCUAUCUUUGUUGGCCUAAAAAGACAUACAAAGAGGGCACUCAAAUAAUUUGAAUGCAAAGCAUUUUCCAAAUGCUAGAAAAGGAGAGUUUGAAUGUAAGAGAAGAAUAUAGGCAGUUGCUUGGGACACACAACCCUAGCAAUCACAGCAACGGUUAGCUUUUUCGCAUAAAUAAGCAUAACUGUAACAAAUGCCAAAAACAAUUGCUUAAUUACUAAAUUUUUGUUUGGAUACUAAAAAGAAAAGAGGGGUCUCAAAGUGAAAGUUAGUCCGGGAUAGCUUUUCCCUUAUUUCACUAUCAAAUCUCCCUUAAUCGUUAAGGGGAAACACAUUAGCAGCAUAAGAUAUCUUUUAUUUGUUGUUUUUUUUUUUUUUCUUUCUCCUCUUUUUGUUAAAGUAAAGCACUCUCUCAUAAAGCAAUAUUAAAAGUAAAAUAUGGCAUUAUCUACUCAAAAGGGCCGCUCAUUUUAUGCUUUUGAGCUUCAAAUAAGCAUCUUUUGUGGAAUAGGUGGCCAUGUGGGAGAAAGCAAUAUCCAAGGUGAGGGAAGGGAACAAACACUCUAGACUUUAUAAAGGUUACAUGGAGAAAAAGUUGCCCUAAUUUUGACAUGACAGCCUUGUUAAUGUAAAGGUGGUGGAAUUACGUACCAGACUCCUUUUCUAAAAAGUUUGCAUUAUUUUAAGAUCAAUUAGUAACUAUAAGAAAUGCAGUAAGUUAAUGGACUUACAUCUCAUCAUCAACCUUGAAAAGCAGCUUCCUGGUAAAUGUAAAUGCUUUUCAUUUUUAGCUCAGAUCCACUGCACUGAAGCACAUAAAGUGAAGGAACUCGUGCUGUUCUUUGUGUUUUGCAAUUUGCACGCUUGUGCACUUGUACCUGAGGAAAUUAUGAAGGUAUCAUUAGGCCACUGCAUUCUGUUUAAGAAUGCAAAUUUAAGUAGAAUUUAUCCAAAACUUUGAACUAGAAUCUCAGUUUCAAAAUGACUACUAGGAAGAACACGAGAAUGAAAAUUCAAGAGUUUCACAUCAAUAUAAAUAUAAACUACAUUCAAAAUCAAAGAUGUUAAUACAC